AUUUAAUUUGUUCAAGACUUUAAAAUCUUGUUUUAAAAUGCUUUAAUCAAGCUUUUAAUCUGAAAUGGUGAGGUCACUGACUUGUAAAAAAACCCAACAAAUAAACCUCAAUCGUGUUUCGUACAAGAUCUUGGUUCUAUGUAGAUGUUUAAGUGAACUUUAACCAUUAACAAAAUCUUAUUACCUGAAAUAUGACCCAUAUUUACCCUGUAAUUCAGAGGUUAUGCUGUGACAGACAGAGAAACAAUGAAAUUCUAAAGAAACAAAGACCCCACGUUUUAGUGUGAGAUUGAAAAGAGACGACAACAUAGUGUGAUCCCUUUGGUCAGAGUUGCUGACAGGGGAUAACCCUUUAAAAUGGCCCCUCUCUCCUGUCCUGUCCCAUCCCCUGCCUCGUGGUCUCUGUUCGCUCCCCCAGCCCAUGCCUGCCUUUCUCCAUACACACUGAUUGACUACAUGGCUGGACUAUUACUAUGCCUCUAAACACACCUGCAUUUAACACAGGAAACCAGCACGAGCAGCACCUGACCAGCACUGAGAUACUUCACUAACCCUCAAAUCAUUGAUUUGAUUUAUUAAAGCAGGAGGACAGACAGAGGAGAAGAAGCACAUACUGCAAAGAGACAGCAUCCACAGCACAUCUGCAAGCGGUCAUAUCAUGAUUGAGAGUGAUAGAGAGCUGUCAGCCAUGGUGCAGGAGCUAUGGGACAAUGAUAUCAACAGACUUAAGCCUGGAAAAGACUACAGGAUCUCCCUUCAGGGAAAAGCUGGAGACAGCAUGAACAUCAAUGACAACAAUGACGGGGCGGGAUAUCCACUGUUUACCUUUGUCGAUGAGAACAUUUUCAAAAAGGAGACUUUUUUAGCCUUUAUCUCCCUGCUGGACAACUAUGAGAGUGACACCGGUGAGCCAGAAAUUGUAACUCCUGAGGAAGUGGCAGAGAACCACAAGUUCCUGGACUCCAUCGUUCAGACUCCCACCAUGAAGAUAGCCCAUAAAUACCUGGUCAAGAAGCACCUUUCGCCUGAGGAUGAGACAGAAUUCAAGAAGCAGCUGUACAGGAUCUGGUUUGAACUUUAUGCGAGGAGAGGAUCCAGCAGGCCAGACUCUUCGGGCUUUGAACACGUGUUUGUUGGAGAGACGAGAGGGGGGAGGACUGUUAUUGGUUUUCACAACUGGAUCCAGCUAUACUUACAAGAGAAGCUGGGCCAUAUUGAUUACAAAGGCUACAGUGUCAAUGCAAAUUCACCCCAGCCUGAUGAGAACAAACACAUCCUGGCGCUACAGUUUAGCUGGAAGAAUGGUAUAAAGCCCAAGGGCAGCAUCUUCAUCGGAGUCAGUCCCGAGUUCGAGUUCGCCCUCUACACUCUCUGUUUCCUCACCUCGCCUAAUGAACGCGUCAAAGUCCAGUUCAGUUUCUACGACGUGGAGAUUGUUUGCCACCACUACAACCAGAAGCAUAUAGGUACCACCUAUCCUGUGCUCCUCAGGUACCUGAACCCUCGGUAACUUGACUAGAGAAUACAUUUGACAUACAACUUCCCCAUCACUUAAGCUUGGGUACAAAGUGUCAUAGGUAAUGUUGUUGUCUUUUUAUUUUACAUAAAGAUACAAUAAAACCUUC